GGAGAUGUCAGAGGAAGCGGAAGAAGCUGGAAAGGAGUGGAGGGCGGAAGUGGCGCUGCUGGAGAUUGGGGGGAAGGCGAGCGAAGGGGCCGGAGGCGACGAGGGCUGCGGUCCCGCGGGCGGGAGCGGUUGGCGAUUAAUUUGCCUCGCCUACAGUCCCGCCUUCUUGUCAGAGUCUGCCAUCCUUAUAAGGGGCCAUGGCGGGCCGCGGUGGAGCUGCACGGCCAAAUGGACCGGCUGUAGGGAAUAAGAUCUGUCAGUUUAAACUGGUGCUUCUGGGAGAGUCAGCUGUCGGGAAGUCCAGCCUUGUCUUGCGUUUUGUGAAAGGACAGUUUCAUGAGUACCAGGAGAGCACCAUUGGAGCUGCUUUUCUUACACAGACCAUCUGCCUAGAUGACACAACAGUCAAGUUUGAGAUCUGGGAUACAGCUGGUCAGGAACGGUACCACAGUCUGGCACCAAUGUAUUACCGGGGUGCUCAAGCAGCCAUCGUUGUUUAUGACAUCACAAACAUGGACACCUUUGUGCGAGCCAAGAAUUGGGUGAAGGAACUGCAACGUCAAGCCAGCUCAAACAUAGUCAUUGCCCUGGCAGGAAACAAGGCUGACUUGGGUAGCAAACGAGCAGUGGACUUCCAAGAAGCCCAGACAUACGCAGAUGAUAACAGCUUGCUGUUCAUGGAGACAUCCGCAAAGACAGCAAUGAAUGUGAAUGAAACCUUCAUGGCAAUAGCUAAGAAGCUCCCCAAAAAUGAGCCACAGUGCGCAACGGGAGCAGCAGGCAGGAAUCGAGGAGUCGACCUCCAGGAGAGUAGCCAACCCAGCAAGGGUCAGUGUUGCAGCAACUGAGAAGUCCCUGCGCGCUCCUCUGGAUGGCCCCAACUGGAACAUGCCUGAACUGAUCGCACUUACAGGAGAACAGCUGCCAGGAUCCCCCUCUUCUUUCCUCUCCACCCCCUUUCUUUGCUGCUGUGAUCCCUCCCCCUCUCUUUAUUCUUCCAGUUUCUAGAAUGGGCUGGGGGCACAAAAACAGCUGCUCCUCUUCUGUACCAAUAAUGAAUUCCUAUUUUUAAAAGUCUUAGUCACCUUUUUAAAAACACAAAUGAACUGUGGCACUCCUCUACCAUUUUUCAUGGGUAGAUGGUGAUGUGAUGUAUGUUUUCAAAGCUUUGAUCUCUCUUUUUUUUCUCUGCCUUUUCCCAAUGGGUUUUAUGGCCUUGUAUUUGCUCAUAGCUGCUUGGACGAAAGAAGCAUUUGUCUUGUAUGGGAUGUGUGACUUAUGAUACAUCUGUUUGAUGAUCCUAAGCCACUUUAGCUAGUAGAGCUUAAUAACUGGUAGAUAUAGGCCGAAGAAGGUGGCAAGAGAACUAUGAGCUUUGGAACAGUUGUUCCCAGGGUUUUCUGGGUGGGAACCUGCUUUGAUGUGGCAUAGAUUUGCCUUUUAAGAAAACAAGUCACAGAACAUGCAGGCAACCACUAAAUGAAAUCAUAGCAUUAAUGCUAGAUUGAGAGAACCCUCUAGCCUUUAAGCCUUGUUUUGACCAAAUCACAAUUAUGGAUAUUUUGGGGGGAGAGGUGGGUACAGCUGAUUUUCUUCUGUAUUUUGUAUUCUAGUUUUCAACAUAUAACCAAUCAGUAUCUCUUUAAUUACAUAUACCAACUAGCCUUGCACCCAUCUCAGUUUGCAUUGGGUUUUGGAUAUACCAACAGCAUUAAUUUUCUUAUUUACAUUUUGGAGAUAAUGCACUAAUUCCACUUGUUAAAGAAAACAUGUUUCAAAAUUAUCUCUUGAUGAGCAAUGCAAUGUCAUUUUUAACCACAUAAUACAAUGCUGGUGGGUGUCUGGAUGCAUCAGGUGGGAGAUAAUGGGCAAGCAAACAGUGGGGAACAGUAAUAUGUAUUCUCAUACAGUCAAAAUAUGGGUAAUUCCACUAAAUGAAACUGCAGAAGGGAGGUCACAAAUUUUGCUUCUCAUCUAGUGCCUGAAGCAUUUUUGUCUUACUCAUAUUGGUAUUUAAGAAAGGAGUAUAUGUCAGUCUCUUCAAUGCAAAGCUCCAGUUGUGUAUGAUUUAAAAAAUAAAUUUUUAUAAAUCA